GGGAGGCGGGUUCGCGCCGCCAUGUCGCGGAGGCUGCUGCCCCGGGCGGAGAAGCGGCGGCGGCGGCAAGAGCAGCGGCAGCAACUGGAGGAGCCGCAGGAGCAUCAGGAACCACAGCAGCUGCAGCGGCGGCGCCGGCGGGCGGCGGGAGCCAUGGUGAAGAUGGCGGCGGCGGGUGGUGGUGGCGGCGGCGGCCGUUACUACGGUGGAGGCGGAGGAGGCGGCGGCGGCGGCAGCGAGGGCGGCCGGGCCCCAAAGCGGCUAAAGACGGAAAACGCUGGCGAGCAGCACGGAGGCGGCGGGGGAGGAGCCGGGGCAGCGGGCGGAGGCGGCGGCGGAGGGGAGAAUUACGAUGACCCCCACAAAACUCCAGCCUCCCCAGUCGUCCACAUAAGGGGCCUGAUUGAUGGUGUGGUGGAAGCUGAUCUUGUGGAGGCCUUGCAGGAAUUUGGGCCUAUCAGUUACGUGGUGGUGAUGCCCAAAAAGAGGCAGGCUCUGGUCGAGUUUGAGGAUAUCCUGGGGGCCUGCAACGCUGUGAACUAUGCAGCUGACAACCAGAUCUACAUCGCCGGCCACCCGGCCUUUGUCAACUACUCAACCAGCCAGAAGAUCUCCCGGCCCGGCGAUACGGAUGACUCUCGCAGUGUCAAUAGCGUGUUGCUCUUCACUAUUCUGAAUCCCAUCUACUCCAUUACAACGGAUGUCCUUUAUACCAUCUGCAACCCUUGUGGCCCUGUCCAGAGAAUCGUCAUCUUUCGAAAGAAUGGGGUCCAGGCGAUGGUAGAAUUUGACUCUGUGCAGAGUGCCCAGCGAGCCAAAGCUUCCCUCAAUGGGGCUGACAUCUAUUCUGGCUGUUGCACCCUUAAGAUUGAAUACGCUAAGCCGACACGUCUGAAUGUAUUCAAGAAUGAUCAGGAUACCUGGGACUAUACCAACCCCAACCUCAGUGGACAAGGUGACCCUGGCAGUAACCCGAACAAGCGUCAGAGACAGCCUCCUCUCCUGGGAGAUCACCCCGCAGAAUAUGGAGGGCCUCACGGUGGGUACCACAGCCAUUACCAUGAUGAGGGCUAUGGGCCCCCUCCACCUCACUACGAAGGGAGAAGGAUGGGCCCACCAGUGGGGGGCCAUCGUCGGGGCCCGAGCCGAUACGGCCCUCAGUAUGGCCACCCCCCGCCCCCUCCCCCACCGCCUGAGUAUGGCCCCCACGCAGACAGCCCUGUGCUGAUGGUAUAUGGCCUUGACCAGUCCAAGAUGAACUGUGAUCGGGUCUUCAAUGUCUUCUGUCUCUACGGCAAUGUGGAGAAGGUAAAGUUCAUGAAGAGCAAGCCGGGGGCUGCCAUGGUGGAGAUGGCGGAUGGCUAUGCAGUGGACAGAGCGAUAACUCACCUCAACAACAACUUCAUGUUUGGACAGAAGCUGAAUGUGUGUGUUUCCAAGCAGCAGGCCAUCAUGCCUGGCCAGUCUUAUGGACUUGAAGAUGGGUCAUGCAGCUACAAAGACUUCAGUGGCUCCCGUAAUAAUCGGUUCUCGACCCCAGAGCAGGCAGCUAAGAACAGGAUCCAGCACCCUAGCAACGUGCUGCACUUCUUCAAUGCACCCUUGGAGGUUACUGAAGACAACUUCUUUGAGAUCUGUGAUGAGCUUGGAGUGAAGCGGCCUGCUUCAGUGAAAGUGUUUUCAGGAAAAAGUGAAAGAAGCUCUUCAGGCCUGUUGGAGUGGGAGUCUAAGAGUGAUGCCCUGGAGACCUUGGGCUUCCUGAACCAUUACCAGAUGAAGAAUCCGAACGGUCCGUACCCUUACACCCUGAAGCUGUGUUUCUCCACCGCUCAACAUGCUUCCUAAUUGCAGCCCAGGAUGAGGCCCACGCAGGAAGCCGAGGCCCACGCAGGAAGCCCACCCUUCUUUCCUUUCUGCCGUUUUUUUUGCAAAAGUUCUUGUAUUCCUUUUCUAAUGCUAGUUUUAGUAGAGGCUUAACCAUAAUGGAAACCCUGCAAGUCUGGAGAGGGGGCGUCUCCAUCUCCAAGAUUAACCUUCACUUUUGGAAAUUAUUGUACAUGUGAUUUUUUUUUUCCUGUUCAUACAUUUGUGCUGCCUGCCCCUGUGCUCCCAGCACAUUUCAAUAAAAUUGUUUGGAAAAUAAA